GCAAUCGCAGAAAAUUUCGGGUCGGAGGAGGUCAUAUGGUUACUCUGCGUUUGAACACUCGGCAGAUCUCUCCGUUUUCUUCCACUGCCCGCGACGGCGACUCGGAAACUAAAACAACGACGUUACGCCAAGACCCGCUCACCUGAUACUUCGCUGAUUCCCUCCCUUCCCCCUAACUUCCUCCCCUCUCUUCCAAGAUCGAUGGAUCCGACCAGAGAUAAUGAUCUUGCGAGCUGAUCGAUUUCUUGGAUCUUAUUGCAAUUGUUCGGGAUCAAGAACCGUCCUGGAUUGGUUCUUGAGUCCGUCCUUUUUCUUCAAUUGAUUCCACCGGAAUCCAAUCCAAGAAGGGAUGAUCUGAGACCAAGAACCGAGGAGGAGGAAGAAGAGAUGGGAGAGGGCGACGUGGAGGCGGAGAAGGGAGAAGAAGCAGCGGAGAGGAAGCCGGACGAGGCCGCGGACGAGAAGCCCAAGUCUCCGAUCCAUAAGGAUCCAUCGUUCUCCAAUUGGCGCGAUGAGGACGGGAUCGAGCGGUUGAGCCGCUCGCCUGAGGGAUCUCUUGGCAGCAGCAGCUCGGCGGAAGGAUCCGAAAAUUUUGAGCUGCCGUUGCUUCAAGAAGAGGGAACGCCGAGAGGGACACCGGAGCCGGAGAGGCAGAGAUCGAGCUACUUCCGCCAGAGGAGCCAGGGGAAUGUGAAUGGGAAGAAGUUCGCUUCUUUUGACGUGGAGAACGGAUUGCACACCAGCGAAUCGAUGACAAAGCUGGAAUUAUUGGAACAGUCCGCCCAGAGCUCCAUUACUGCUGUUAUGGUGCUCAAGACGUUGUUUUAUAUCCUGAUUUGGUAUACUUUCAGCACUUGUUUGACAUUAUAUAACAAGAAUCUUUUAGGGGAUAAAUUAGGAAAAUUUCCAGCUCCGUUGUUGAUGAAUACCUUCCACUUCACGUUACAAGCUGUUUUGUCCAAGAUUAUAAUGUACUUCCAGUCUCGUGGUUCUGAUAGCAAUUUACCAAUGACAUGGAGGGAUUACUUCAUCAAAGUUGUGCCAACAGCUAUUGGGACUGCACUGGAUAUAAACCUGAGCAAUGCUUCUCUUGUUUUCAUAUCUGUUACAUUUGCUACGAUGUGCAAAUCUGGCUCUCCAAUUUUCCUCCUUCUAUUUGCUUUUGCAUUUAGGUUGGAAAAUCCCAGUAUCAAGCUUCUAGGCAUUAUAUUCAUCAUUUCCUUUGGAGUUCUAUUAACAGUUGCUAAGGAAACAGAAUUUGAAUUUUGGGGAUUUGUUUUUGUUAUGCUUGCUGCUGUUAUGUCGGGUUUUCGCUGGUGCAUGACUCAACUUCUUUUGCAGAAAGAGGCUUAUGGUCUAAAGAAUCCAAUUACCCUGAUGAGUUAUGUUACUCCUAUGAUGGCAGUAGCAACUUUAAUCCUCUCCCUUGUAAUGGAUCCUUGGCAUGAUUUUCAGACGAAUGCCUAUUUUGAUAGUCCAUGGCACAUAGUUCGGAGUUGCAUAUUAAUGCUUAUUGGAGGAUCUUUGGCCUUUUUUAUGGUUUUAACUGAAUAUAUUCUCAUUUCAGCAACUAGUGCGGUAACUGUAACAAUAGCUGGCGUUGUAAAGGAAGCCGUCACUAUCGUGGUUGCUGUGUUUUAUUUCCAUGAUCAGUUUACAAUUUUAAAGGGAAUUGGGCUUCUCACGAUUAUGGUUGGUGUGAGUUUAUUCAACUGGUACAAAUAUGAAAAACUGAAGAAAGGCCAGCCAAAUGAUCAUGAAGAUAUGGUGUCACCCACUUCCAAUGGAGCUGCAAAAUAUGUUAUCAUUGAUGAAAUGGAUUUUCAAGAUGAUGAUACUUGAGUCUACCCAUUAUAUGCAACAUGUUUUAUUACUAUCUGGAAGAUCAAUGCCCUUCCAAAUUCUUUACAAUUUUUUGGCCUGGAAUAUUGUCGUUUGGCUCACUCGGAUGGCUUGCAUCAUAGUCGGUUUUCUUCUAGAUGCUCAACUUCAUGAAUGUAAAUAGCUCCGGAGUACUGCUGUUCACUUCACAUGCAACCUUUACAUCCACCAUAGCAUACCGUGAGCUUUAUCCCUCUCCUUCAAAUUAAAGAUUUAACAUUGAGAUCUGAUCCUUAUUUCAGAUUCCCUGUACAAUUGUAGCGCAAGCAACAGAAAGCCAAAGGUUCAGAAGAUGUUAGACUAUUGAUCCCAGCAAAGGUGUUCAUUAAAAUCUGUAUGGUGUUCUUUCGAGUUUUGGAUAUUGCAACCAUUUCCGAGAACUAUUUUUUUCUACCAUUCAUUCAAUUUAUUUGCUAUUCUCCAAGUCCUCUUGGCCCACAAUUUUGACUGUACGCACAAAAUGAUGUAAAAGAUCAUAUAAUUCCAUAUCGGACUUGCUUCUUUAAGCAAU